GCGACAAUACUGGCUGCAUGUUGGAAGCAACUAUGUUGCUGGACCACCUCUGUAAUGGCCUCCACCAAAAAAAGAAUUUGUUGCCCUCUGUUUGUGAUAGCAACAUUACCAUUGCAGGCUCAUCUGUGCCUUUUGAUCCCACUAGCUCUCAGUUCAAGGAGGAAGAAGAAUGCACAGAAGAGUAUCAAGCUGUCGGUAUAUGACCACCCUCAAGAGGAAGGAUUUUGUGCUUCAGAUGUUAUGGUCUUCAGUAGCAAGUACAAGGCAAAAUGAUGUGUCAUAUUUCCUGCCGAGAUGGUUGACAUGUCAUUGAACAAAUCCAUCGAUGGGAGCUUGUUUCAGAAGAUGUUCGAUGAGGGAGACUUCAUCGCUGCUAGACAUCCAAGUUUCCAGCCAGAAGCCCAUGAAGAGCUCCAAGGACAAUGAUUA